GUACACGCUAAAAUGUACGCAAAUAAAAAAGUUAAACUUCAUCAAGCUAGUGACUAUUUAGCGUGGGCAGUGACUGUAUAUUUUGAUACACGCUAUUUUGAUAUGUUUAGUGUUUGUUUGAUAGAAAAAUAUUUGUUAUGGUUAUGACGUUUAAUUCUACCUAACUUUUUUAUUUGCGUACACGGUAGCGUAUACCCUAGACACAACGUGUUUGGAAAAAUUUUGACGUUUUGACGUCACACUAUCAUGGUGUGAUUUGAUCAUUGUCAUAUGAUGUUGUCAAUUUUGAGGAGACCGGUGGUUGCAAGAUUAUAUUCAACUUUAAGCAAAAGUAUGGAAAAACACGGUGUUGUGCCCGAUGUUAUCGAUGUUGCCCCCGAACAACAAGUGGAAGUGUCGUAUCCUAGUGGUGUAAAGGUAGACUUUGGUAACGAAUUAACUCCAACACAAGUCAAAGAUAUCCCGGCAGUAAAAUGGCCGGCCGAUAAAGAUUCCCUUUACACACUUUGCAUGACCGAUCCUGAUGCCCCAAGUCGAAAAGAACCCAAGUUCCGUGAAUGGCACCAUUGGCUCGUUGGAAAUAUCCCAGGAGGAGAGGUCUCAAAAGGCGAAGUUCUUUCUGAAUAUGUUGGGUCUGGACCACCACCAAAUACAGGUCUUCAUAGGUAUGUUUUCUUGGUGUACAAACAGAAUGGUAAAUUGAAUUUUGAUGAACCAAGAUUGACCAAUCGAUCCGGGGAUAAUAGAGGUGGAUUUUCUAUUAGAAAGUUUGCAGCAAAAUAUAAUCUUGGGCAACCUGUUGCUGGCAAUUUGUACCAAGCUGAGUAUGAUGAUUAUGUUCCAAUUUUGUACAAGCAAUUGGGAGGUUAAAUUGUGAUAUUAUCCUGUUCCUGUUGUGUAAAAUUAGUAUAUAAGAAAAUACUCUCUUCAUUUAAUAAAACCUUAUUAAUUUUUGAAAA